AUUUCUUAUCAACAUGCGAAGUGACAAGUAAACAUAAUUAUAAUAAUACAAAAUACAAAUGCAAAUAAUGAAUUAAUAACGCACUCAUCCGACGUCGCCAAACGCCAAUCGGCAUUCCACCAUCAGCCGAAACGACCGCCGUUUGUGAAGUUCGAAGAGACUUUGACUGGUAACGACCGAACGGAUUGUCUGGUGACUGUUAAGUACGAGUUGGCUGCAUUCGCAAUUUUCAUCAGUCAUGUCACGGGAAUACUACAAUUUGCGAUUCGUCGUCACCACACCGACGCUGUCCAUCACCGAGUACAACUGCCUGAAAGAACCGUGUAACCAGAUUGGAUUCCUGAUUGGCGAUAAAAAGAUUAAAAUAUCAAAUGUUAUAACUGAUGAAUCGUUGAACAACACCAUCACAGAAGAAACAAUAUGUGUCCAUGCUUCAUAUCCACUACCAGAUUUUUAUGAACAACUAUGUUCAAAUCCAUUACAAAUAGACUACAAAAAAUUGAAAUACUUCCUACAGAAAUGUCCAGCAAAUUAUGAGAAAUCUAUUGUUGGUUGGUACAGAUUUCGUAGAAACGCUGUAUUAUCUCCCAGUAUUGCCGAUAUUCGUUUUCAUGCACAACUCAGUAAUAUUUUUGAUAAAAUGAGUGUAUCAGCAAACAAAUUUCUAUUUUGCAUGUUGAACCAUAACUAUAUUGGUUCCAUGGAUCAUAAAUUCAAUCAUAUUUUUUACAGAUGUGACAUUGGGAAAUGCUUAAGCCCAGUUAAAGUUGAUAUUGUAAAUUUGAGUACGAAACCUUUUAUUGAAGAUGAUAAUCUUGGAUAUAAAACAAACAUUAAUUUAAUCGACAACUGCAAAGCAUACACAGACACUAUAAAUAAAGUAUUUGGAAAUGGGAGAGAACAGUGUUCAAAAGUCUCUGUGUACAACAUGAGAACUGCGUUGAUAGAGGAGAUGAAUAAAAUGGUUAAACGGAUAGUAGAGAACGAACAAGAAGUGAUCAAACUAAACACAUCGAUUGAAGAGAAAAAACAAGAGAUAGAAAAGAAAAAAAAUGCUAAGCUAAGUGUUCCUAAAUUAUAAUGGUUAAAUUAGAAAAAAAAAUGGAUAG